GGUCAAUACUAAAUGAAGUGAAGCCGGACUUCUCACUGGAGGCAUUAAUAAUGAAGCUAAAGCUCAAAUAUUUCGGUCACAUAAUGCGAAGACAGGACUCGCUAGAAAAGACCCUGAUGCUUGGAAAAAUCGAAGGCAAUCGAAAAAGAGGUUGACAGAAGAUAAGGUGACUUGACACCAUAACUGAUGUCAUGGAAACAAACUUACAAGAACUGAAGGAAAUGGUCACUGACAGGCAAGCCUGGCGUAAUAACGCCUAUCAGGUCACGAAGAGUCGGACACGACUAAAAGACUGAACAACAACAAUGAUGUGUUUAUAUAGCUUGUUUUAAAAUUAGAUUUCAAUGGGUAGAAGAAGGAUCUCUUACAAAAAGAAGAGUCAGAUAUUAGUUAUUAGACGAAAUCGUACAAGCACGCUAGUGAAAACGAGAAGUAGCUCGUCAUCAUCAAAUACAAAUGAUGAAUCGAUGGUGUCUAUUCCAAAGUAAAUCAGUACCAAAAAAACUAAACACUGAAGACACUUUGAAUUCUAAAGUGAUUACAUAUAUGAACUCUUUACUCACUUUACUGAAACAAUUUCCAUGUCCUGGUUGUCACAUGCUAUGGGACGGAUCAGUAACUAUCAAAGAGAGAAAUGGAUUGUACGUUCAGCUUGAAUUCACUUGUGAUAAUUCCAAAUCGUCUACUCGUCUGUAUUAAUCACCAAGUAUGCCCACUGGUAGACGCCAUGAAAUUAAUGUUCGAUUAGCCAUUGGUAGUACUCUCUGUGGGUUAGAACGUAGUAAAGUAAUGAAACUAUUAGGUGCUUUAAAUCUACCUCCACCAGUUCAAGAAAACAAAUUUCAGGAAGUGCAAGAGUAUGUUUUGAAUUUCGUUGAAAACACGCAAGAACAAUCAAUGACAGCCGCUGUUGACGAAGCAGUCUAGAAGCUGAUAGUGCACGAGAUCCGACAGUCAGCGGUGAUGGUGCUUGGCUAACCCGUGGACAUUCUAGUCUUCAUGGAAUCGCUACGCUACGCUCAUCGACUACUAAUCCAAAGAUUUUAGAUGCUACUUGGUGUUCUAAGUAAUGUUGUAAAUGUCAAGGCGCAGAAAGUCUACGACACGCCAAUGCUGAUCUAUAUAGUACAUUUCAGUCAAAUCAUGAAUGUCAGCUAAAUUUUACAGGUAGCUCUUAUAAGACCUAACUAAUCUUUUUAAAGCUCUCUGUAAUUCAGGAGCAUCUGGAACUAUGGAGAAGGAAAUGGUGUAUGAAAUGUUUUGUCGAUCUUUAUCAAAGUAUAAUGUUCGAUAUAUUUCAUAUAUUGGAGAUGGUGAUGCCAAAGUACACAGUUACCUAACAAGUCAUCCUCCAUAUCCUGGUGUGAUAAUAAAAAAACUUGAAGGUUCAAAUCAUUUCGCAAAGCGAAUGCUGCAUCGAAUAAAAAAAAUAAAGCAAGAAAAUAAGUGUAAAAUCUUAUCAGAUGGUAAAAGAUUCAAUGGCAAAGGACGUAUGACUGAUGCUCACGCAAUCAAGUUUUAAAUUUAUUUUGCUAAAGCUAUACGUGAAUGUAAAACCGACUUGGAUCAGUUUUAUAAAAGAUCUUGGGCUAUCUUCAAACAUCAUUACUCUACGUACAACGAACCAAUGCACGAUUGGUGCAAUGCACAGUGGUGCAAAUAUCUUCAAGCAAAACUAAAUGGUCGAAUGUAUUAUCAUAAUUCGAAAUCAAAUAUUCCAAGAGCAUGCUUAGAUAUGAUCAAGCCUGUAUUCAAUGAACUAUUUUCUAAAACUAGUUUAGCACAAUAUUGUAGGUGAUGGUUCCCAAAAUGCGAACGAAGCUUUUCAUUCACUGCUGUGGACGACGGCUCCUAAGCAGCGAUUUUGCUCAUCGACCAUUCUUCGAGCUGCAUUGGCGUUAUCAACGAUUAUUUAUAAUGAUGGUUAUGAUUCAUUAGAAAAGUUAUUUGCAGACGUAUUCUCAUCGGUGGGUUAUUUCUCUGCUGAAUGUUUCAGUCGACUCGGUACGAUGAGAAAAUCUUCUGCUUUGAAACUUGCUAAACGACGUUCAAGAACGAAAAGAACAAAUGUAGCAGCCACAACAACUACUGCUGACAUUUCCGGUAGUGAAAGUGAUGAUGGAAUGUUAUUGAUUCCUAACAACAAAGAUUCUCUUGACAUUACUCAAGAUAUAAUGACACUGGCAUUAUCAGAUAAUGAUACAAACAGUGACUGUGAACCUGGUGAUGAUGAAUAA